AUGCCUGUUGCAGAUGAAGAACACAAUGGCAAUGAACACUCAGAGCAGGAGGAAUCUAGCAAUGUAUGUUGGCCAGUGCAGUUGCCACCAUCAGUCACAAUGUCCAAGUUCCUUGCACUGCCCACUACAAUUGAAGAGGUGGAGGAAGACAUUGAGGAAGAUCCCACAGCUCAGGUUCUCUCACCAGAAUUCAAGGCCCAUUUCCUUGUGCAUCCUCCAUCUGUCCCUCCACCAUCUUUGUGUCACAUACCUGUGCUUUGCAUGGCCACUGAGGAGCACCUUCCAGUGGUGAUGACCAGUCUACUCUACCAGUGA